AUGUCUCAACCAGCCAAGCAAUCUAGUGGUACACUGCGUCCACCCAUCUCCAUCAAGCCCAUCGAAGAUGUUGAGCCUUUCUACAUGUAUGAUCACGAUGGCUAUCACCCGCUGAACAUUGGUAGCCCAAUCGGUGAUCGUUAUCGAGUUGUCGACAAACUGGGCCACGGCAGCUACUCGACGGUUUGGCUGGCCCGCGACAAACAACUCCAGAGGCUUGUCACAGUCAAAGUUUGCACUGGAGAAGAAAGUCGCCGCGAGUCAGAAUCCAAGAUGCUGUCGCUCCUGGCGGCGAUUCCUCUCGAGGCCAAUGGAGACCCUGCCCUUGGGCGGGACAUGAUGCCGUCGCUGCUUGACACAUUCCAAGUCCAAGGGCCGAACGGUACCCAUACCUGCCUCGUCACUGCCGCUGCUAGUGGCAGCCUGAGCAGGUCGAAACGAAAUUCCAUCUCUGCCCCUCUGGAUCUGCAUGUUGCGCGCGCCAUUGCGGCGCAGCUCGUGCUCGCAGUUGCUUACUUGCACGGCAACGGAAUCAUCCAUGGAGGUGAGCCCCAAUCUCAAGUGGGAGACGCAUGCGUGCGCCAGAAGCUGACCCAGGCCGACAUAGAUCUUCAUCUCGGCAACAUCCUUCUCAAAGCGUCCAGAGGCUUUGAGCUCCUGUCCGACGAAGAGCUGCGCGAGAGAUGGGGGGAACCGGAGGAGGAGCAAGUUGAAACUGACGACGACAAGCCAGUUCUGGAUGCCGUCGGCAUUCCCUCCCUUGCCACUCUACCAGCCUUCUUCGGGAAGAACAGCGAUGAGCUUUCACUCUCGGAUGCUGCAAUUCUCCUGGCCGACUUCGGCACAUCCUUCUGCCCUUCCCAAGAGACAAGGUUUACCUUCCCUACAGCGCCUCACUGUCGUCCCCCGGAGGAUCGAUUUGAGCCAGAACAACCCCGUUCGUUCCCUAGUGAGAUCUGGACCCUUGCCUGUUCAAUAUGGGCUGUCAUCGGCCAGAGAUCCUUGUUCGAAACAUACUUUUGCUCCAAUGAUCGGACAACAGCUCAACAGGUCGAGGCGCUGGGAAGAUUGCCGCCUGAAUGGUGGGCGCGGUGGGAAAACCGCUCCAAAUACUUCACAGAAGACGGCCAGCUCCUCAGGAACAGGCGCGUCGCUUCGCUGGAUGCUGAAUUUGAUAGCGCCAUACAGAACGGGCGCAAGGAGUUGGGGCAAGAAAUGGUUAGCGUGGACGAGAAGGGGGCAUUCAUGACCAUGAUCCGGCCCAUGCUCGAAUACAGGCCGGAGAAACGGUGCACGGUGAAUGAAGUUCUGCAGUCGGAGUGGAUGACCAAGUGGGCGAUGCCGGAUUUCAAGAGGAUGCGCAAGGAGCUGGCUGCGAAGAAGGAAGUGUAG